UGUACAUUUUUGGGUUGAAGAUGGAGUAACACGAAUAUUCCCGAUUUAUCUAUACAUAUCUGUUUAGUACAUUCUGUCGAUACCCAGCAUGUGGGAUAUUCUCGGAGCCAUGUAACUUGCACUAUAUAAGACCAUGACAUAACCACCGCUGUGCAUACAUAUCCAGCAUGUCCGAGACAGACUCUGGCUCAGAACACGACGACCCCGACCCCUCGACACCCGACUUCUCAGCCUGUCCACCAAUCUUUGUCCUGCAGACACAUCUCACCAUCGAGGCCCUGCACGCCAUCGAGGAGGAGCUCGUCCGCCGCAACGCACGGCUGACCUACGACAUCGACGAGGCCGCGCUCAUCCUCGGCAAGCUCAGCCAAGCCAAGCGCGCAGCGCUGGAACUGCGCACGCUGGGCGUGUGGACUGAGCCCACCCAAGCGUCCGACGAGCCCCCGCCGGCCAAACGCCGCCGAGGCAAUGGCCAUGCUCUUGGUGCAGAAGCGGAGGUCAUCGACCUUAGCACGGAGACGGAGGACGAAGAAGACGGGAUGAGCAGCCAUGCUUCCUCGACGCAUCUCCGCCCUGCCAAACCAACCCCAGACACAGCCACCCUGACGGUCGUCAAACUGGACUGGCUGCACGCAUGCCUCCGCACAAACACCAUCCUCCCAACCGACGAGUACACAGUCUACCACGCGCGACGCAUCGAGCGUGCGUCAGCACCAUCCACCCCAACCCCGACCCUAAAGAAGCGUACGCAAACGCAACCGCAAACGCAACCGCAACCGCAAACCUCCAUCCUAGCCCGCGCCAAAGCCGACGCCUCCAUGCAGGCGCCGGCCCCUCAACCCACCCGCCCCUACCAGUCCUACCAAUCCUACCACCACCAGCGCCACCAACAAAAAGCGCACCCCCGCACGCACCCCCCUCCCACUACCCACCCCCCGAAACUCCACCGCACGACCACCUCCGAAGCCGAAGAUCUGGGUAAUCUCCCCCCACCCCCACCCUGGGUGACCGCUCCGCACAACACCUACGCGUGCCUGCGCUCCACGCCCCUGCACCCGCCCAACGAGCCCUUCCUCAACGAACUCCUCACGAUCCGCCACAUCCGGGAACUGACCCUCGACGAGAUCGGCGUGCGCGCGUACAGCACCGCCAUCGCGAGCAUCGCGGCAUACCCGUACCCGCUCCGCCGGCCCGCCGAGGUCGCCGGACUGCCCGGGUGCGACGCCAAGAUCGCGAACCUGUUCUACGAGUUCCAGCAGCUGAGCGCUAGCUCCACCCCAAGCGGGGAGAAUACCCCGCGUCCACCGGAUCCAGAUCCAGAUUCGUCUCCAGCCCAUCUCGGGCACGACACACCAGGUGCACCCCCACCCCCACCCCCAGCCCCACCCCAAGGAGGGAGACUCAGCGCCACGCACCCGCUCACCACCGACCCGACGCUGCGCACCCUGCACACCUUCUACAACAUCUGGGGCGUCGGCGCAAAGACCGCGAGGGAGUUUUACUUUACGCGGGGGUGGCGCUCGCUCGACGAUAUGAUCGAGUUCGGGUGGGACGGUCUGAGCCGCGUGCAGCAGAUCGGGGUGAAGUUCUACGAGGAAUUCCUGGAAGGGAUUCCGCGGGCGGAAGUGGAGGGGAUUGCGGGGGUGGUGCGACGGCACGCUGAUGCUGUGAUUGCGUCCCGCAAGACCCACGACCACGAUACUAGAGAAGGAGGAGGUGCCUCCCGAGAUCAUGAUCGCCCCGAAGGCGGGGUCGAGUGCAUCAUCACCGGCUCGCACCGCCGCGGCAAGCCGUUCUCUGGCGACGUGGACCUGAUCCUGACGCACCGCGACGAAUCGCUCACGAAGGAUCUGAUCGGGGACGUGCUGCGCCGCUUGGAGGGGGAGGGGUGGAUCACGCAUACGCUGGCGCUGCAUCAGGGGCACUCCGCGCGCGCGCAGGCGACGCUUCCGUACCGGGGGGAGGGGGACAGUGCGGUGCACCGGAAGAUGUUUGAUAGUUUGGACAAGGGGCUGGUUGUUUGGCGGCUUCCGCUGGGGUGUUCGUAUCCCGGCGAUACGGGGGAUGAGCUGGGGAAGGGACUGGGACAGGGGGAGGGGGAGAGGAACGGGAACCCGCACCGCCGGGUGGACAUUAUCAUCUCGCCGUGGCGGACGGUGGGGUGCGCGGUGCUGGGGUGGUCGGGGGACAAGACGUUUGAGCGGGACUUGCGGCGGUUUGUGAAGCAGGAGCGCGGGUGGAAGUUUGAUUCGAGCGGGGUGCGCGAGCGGAGGAGUGGGGGUUUGGUGGUGGAUCUGGAGGGGGCGGGGGAGACGUGGGAGGAGAGGGAGCGGUUGGUUAUGGAGGGGUUGGGCAUUGGGUUUCGACCUGCUGAGGAGAGGUGUACUCGCUAGGUAUUGCUAAUCACUGGGUAGUUGAAAGGAAGGGGGGUCUGGGGGUUCUCCCCCAGAACGCUAUAUUACUGGUCUUAGGGCUGAGGUUAUUGGGGAGUUGAAAAGACUUAAGUUUACUGGGGAGCUGAAAAAAAGGGGGGUCUGGGGGCUCUCCCCCAGAAAUGUAUGUAAUAACUUGGAGUUAGGGCUGAGGUUAUUGGGAAGCUGAAAAGAAGGAGGGUCCGGGGGUUCUCCCCCAGAAUGCUAUAUUACUGGUCUUAGGGUUGA